UUGAGUUAGUUUCAUGAACGCUCAGUGCACGUUUCGUUAGUCGUCCCGCUUCGAAGAAAGUCAACUCAUCGCGCGUCUUAUCUACGCCGAGAGAGAGAGGUUUGCGUUUUCAUUCUAAUAUCCCGUGCUCAUCUGUGAGCACCUUCCUCAGGUGUGGCAUCUUUCUCAAGUGUCGAAGGCAAAUCGAAGAGAAGAUAGUGCGCCAUGAGACCAUCGGAAACGAGUUCGUACCUGCAAGGGACGCGACAUGAAUUCGACGGAUGUUGGAUCUGAUCGCAAGCCGCUUGAACUAUCACGGUACGACGUAUACGUGUGCGAAAAGGAGACGUCGCGCCGUUCGCAAGUGCCGCAUCCCUUUCUUUGAGGGUCGUCCUCGCCGCUCCGUCGUUUUCUCACAAGAGUCGAAUAAAUAGAAGCGAUCACCGGAGAAGAAUCGGCCAAGUCACUCCGAAUAGAACAGAAACGUGGGCGACUCUUAUCGUGGAAACGGAGGUGUAAAGUACUUUCUGCCUGAAAGUAAUAUUCAAGGAUUUAACGAAAUAAUUCAGGACGCGUAAUAAUUGAUAUGGCCACGAUGGCUGGCAGUGAGUAUACAUCCGUAAAGGAUUUUUACAGAGACAGAUCGAUUUUCAUAACCGGAGCUACUGGCUUCAUGGGCAAGGUUCUUGUCGAGAAGCUACUGAGAUCGUGUCCGGACAUCAAAAACAUUUACCUUUUAAUGAGACCUAAAAAGGGCCACAAUGUACAAGAGAGGUUGCAGGAACUUUUAAACGGGCCGCUUUUUGAGAAACUACGGCGGGAUUCACCUGCCGAGCUUACUAAGAUCAUACCCGUGGCUGGCGAUAUUACGGAACCGGAGUUGGGCAUCUCGAUGGACGAUCAAAAUAUGUUAAUACGAUCUGUAUCGAUCGUCUUUCAUUCAGCGGCAACCGUAAAAUUCGACGAGGCUCUGAAGCUUUCGGUUACCAUAAAUAUGUUGGGCACCAAAAGAUUGGUCCAAUUAUGUAACCGCAUGCACAAUGUGGAGGCGUUUAUUCACGUGUCAACGGCAUAUUGUAAUUGCGAUCGGACCGAUGUCGCCGAGGAGAUUUAUCCGGUGGGACGGGAACCUGAUCAGGUGAUCGCUCUGACGGAAUGGAUGGACGACAAAAUGUUUGAGGAACUCACGCCAAAUCUGAUCGCCAGUCGACCAAACACAUAUACAUUUACCAAAGCACUGGCCGAGCGAAUGCUCCAGCGGGAAAGGGGUUCUUUACCGGUGGCGAUUGUCAGGCCAUCGAUCGUGCUGUCGUCGUACAGAGAACCGGUCGCCGGUUGGGUGGACAAUUGCAACGGCCCUACGGGGAUUAUCGCCGCCGCUGGGAAAGGCUUCUUCAGAACUAUGCUAUGCCACGAGGACAAAGUGGCGGAUCUGGUGCCCGUCGACAUUGUGAUCAACCUAAUGAUUUGCGCGGCAUGGAGGACCGCCACGCAACGCACCGACACCAUUCCGAUCUACAAUUGUUGCACCGGCCAGCAAAAUCCAAUAACUUGGAAGCAGUUCGUCGACCUGUCGUUUAAAUAUUGCCGGCUACACCCGAUGGACAAUGUGCUCUGGUAUCCGGACGGUCGUUGCCAUAGCUCCGCCAUGAUAAACAAAUUGUGCGUGACAUUUCAGCACACACUACCUGCGUAUAUCUUAGACACUCUUGCACGGCUCAAGGGCUCGCGGCCUAUAAUGGUCCGCCUGCAGACGAAACUUUCCAAAGCCGCCAAGUGUUUGGAGUACUUCAGUACGAAACAGUGGAAUUUUAGAGACGACAACGUGCGACGACUGGGUGAGCAACUCAGUCCGGAAGAUCGAGAAACAUUCAUGUUCGAUGUUAGGCAAAUCGACUGGCCAUCGUACUUGGAGCAUUACAUUCUGGGAAUACGACAGUUUAUCCUGAAAGAGAGUCCGGACACACUGCCAGCUGCUCGUUCAUACAUCACAAAAUUAUACUGGCUUCAUAAGGCCGUGCAACUCGGGGUACUGAUAAUAAUGCUACGCGUCCUGCUGUUACGCAGCUCCGCAGCGCGGGGAGCCUUCUUUUCGCUGCUGUCCAUCGUACUUCGCAUAUGCCGCUUGAUUGUUUGACGGCUCAGAACGGGCUCGGUCGAUGAUCGCGAUCAGCGUAACGCAAAGCGGCCGUUAGUUAACGGCCGCUAUUUAAAGGUGCGAUUUGUUCUUCGACCUCGUUGCUCAGCGUCUUCGACGAUAAAGCGCUACCUACAUACCCAUCGAUUGGCCUUUUCGAUGUUGAUAACCGACGCCAAGUAACAACGCCGGUUACAGAUACUUGAUUCCCGAAAGAGUGCCGGUUACUGAUUCGAUCAGACAAGAAUUCCAUGAUGGAACUGUCUCCCCGCGAAUAUAUAAGUACGCUCCACCACUUUGCAUAUAUUACAAUAAUUAUUAUUACAUUACCGAUGUUAUUCCUUGUUGCCCCUCGUGUGAACCGUCGCGAUUGUCACGAAAAUUGGCCGUUUUUCGAAUUCCGAUAUAGCGAUGUAAUCGUCAUUGCGUGUUCCAUUACGCUAGAAUAAAAAUAAACGCGCAUCGUCACGAUUGUUCUGUUAGCGUCAUCGUACAUUGAUAUACUUUGCACAACGUCAAUUUCUAAUAAAUAAAAGGAGCCAAGUUACAUCGGCACGCGCUCGAUCAUUGCUAUCGCUCGUUUCUUAGUCCAACUAGUCGGUUUUCGGUAUGGUAAAAACGCUCGCGAGUAAUCACCGUUCUCACGACACGACGCGUCAAGGAGCCGUAUUGUCGUCGUGCCUUUGUAUUGUCGGUAUCUGACAUUCUUUUUCCUUUUUACUCUGUGACGUAAGAUACCUAGAUAGAUAUUUUGCUAUACGACCGCACGUAUGACUUGUGGUCACGCAUACAGAAGCGAGAAAAUUGUCGCUAAAUCGACUAUUUAGAAAUAACACGUACAAGAAACCCGAUCACAUAGAGACGACAUCAUAUAAUAAGAUAGUUAGAAUGAAUAUGACAACAAGUUGCGACGACAGAUGUACAGCUUUUUCUUUUUUAAAAACUGCCACUAAACGCGAAAAUUUUUUAGCCAUAAACGCGUCUUGUCCGGAACAACGAGAAGUCAACAUCCUUACGAUAACUUGUCUCUCAAAAAAGCUACGCUACAGUUACAGUCCACUUUAAUGAAAUAUCUCUACGUAUCUUACACAUCCUAUUGUCACAGGAUCAAUGUUUGACGAAUUUUGAAGGCAUCGGCAACUUACUGAAUUGUCCUGAAAUAAGAUUGAUCGAUCUGACAUGCGGUACGAAUGAAAAAUGCAAAACCAUCAAGGUCCAAAUUAGAGUCGCCAAAAAUGUCUAUGUAUAAAUACACCUAACAUGAAGAUUCGUGGAUAAAUUACUAAUUAAUGGAGAUAAAACUGCUAGCAAUUUGUCAGCAGAUUCGAGCAGAACAUCGCGGCGGAUCGACUGCGUUCGUAUUAAGCUCGCGUCCCGCCACACAGCCUUACUAUAAUCUGACACAAUUUGACAGCGGAUUGCCAGUAGAAAUUGAGUGAAAUGGAAUAUAUCACUUAGACACUUAGACGAUUAAGAAAUGGCAGCUUCUGCUUAGUUUUUGCAGUCAAUCUGCUAUCGUAUUCUGUUAAUAGAUCUCGUUAUGCCGACAAAACUUGUAGCAGUAACUUCACAAAAUCUGCUUUCGACAGAUCUGGCCAUCUAGAUAUUUUUGAAAGUACGCUUUCAUCAUUUCUGAAAAUAUGAAUGCGAAUAUUUGCGCCCGACAGUCGUAUCGCCGAACUGACAAUUCGUUGCUGCCCUUGCCUUUGAGAUGACGAUGAUACACUAAUGCUUUUUUUCAUUUAAUUAGCUCUUUGUGUAUCGACUAUUUUUUGAGUAAAAUAAUUUAUUGAAUCGGAGCGGGGCUUCCCCUUCUGUUUUACGAUCGAUGAAACGUUGUCGUGCUUCGAGAAUGAAAGCAUACACUUGGAGAUAGAUAAGCAUAAAUGUAACGGAGAUAUUCCGUGUUAACAACGUAAAAGAGAAAAACGACAAAUAAUAUUAAUUCUGCGCCAAGGAGUAAAAGAGGGGUAGUGCUACAAAGGUCACCUUCUACUAGUCUCGUCUGUAUUGUUACUCGGUUACACAGUGCAUACAAGAAAAACAAUAUUUAAUAUGUAUAAUUAAUUUAAUUAAUAUUAUACUAUGCUAUUAUGCAAAUUACAUUAAAAUUGAUGAAUCAUUACGAAUGAGUGUUUCGCUAUCUUUAUCCUAGAAAUAAAUUUCAUUAAACAGUU